GGGGAGGAAGAUGACGACUAUGUGCCCUACGUGCCUGUCAAGCAGCGCAAGCAGCAGAUGCUGCAGAAGCUGCUGCACAUGCGGCGGGAGGGGGGGUCGGGGGAGGAGGAGAGGGCUCGGAAGGAGUCAGCCAAGGAGAAGCAGCUGAAAGAGGAAGAGAAGAUCCUGGAGAGUGUGGCAGAGGGCCGAGGCCCCUAG